AUGUCGCAUGAUCCCAGUUUGUCCUUAUCACGUUAUUUGUUAUUAAUAAAAUUUAUUUUUAGAUUUUUUAAUAGUUUUUCUCUUACAGAUGGUGUUGAUGCUAAGGACAAUGAAGAUUGCGAUGAUCAAGAAACACCCAAGGCGGAGAACAAUAAUUCAUUUUUCUUGAACGGGAAAUCUGAGAAGACUAAUGGCCUCGCUGAUAUUAGUGUCAAUGUUAAUGUGAUAAAUUCUGCUAAUUUAAGUCUUGAGAGGUCAGUUAAAAUUGCUGAACUUGAUGAUUCUGAUGUUAAAAAAACUAAGAAAUGGCCUACCGACAAAGCUUAUUUUAUUGCCAAAGAACUUCUCAUGACCGAAAGAACCUUUAAAAAAGACUUGGACGUAAUAAAUGUGUGGUUCCGAGAAGAAGUAUCAAGGGAGUCUGACUUGGAGGGCGAGCCUUUAGUGGGAUUAAUAGAACUGCUAGCAGAUGCCCACGGGCCGUGUCUCCAAGAAAUGGAAGUACGUCUCGCCCGGUGGGAGAGCAACGCUCGGCACAAUAUCGGGGAUUUUCUCUACAACACUCUGCUGAAUGUUCUUCCGUUGUACGAUCAAUACUUGGAGGGGUUGAUGCCAGUGCUAGAAAAAAUGGAGUACUCGAUACGAACAUCGCGUCGGUUUGACCAACUCUGUCGGGAAUUCGAGAGCCAAAAAUACUGUUAUUUACCUCUUAGUUCUUUCCUGCUGAAGCCUCUCCAGCGGCUGCUGCACUACAACAGUAUUAUUGACCGCCUGUUGGACCACUACCCAAAGGACCAUACCGACUUUGAGGACUGUCUGGCUGCGAGAGAUCGUCUCGGAGAAACUCUUCUAGAAGGUCUGACAGUCCUGAAUCAGGCGCAAAACCUCGUCCAGUUGUGCGAGCUCCAGAGAGAUAUCAAUGGUUUUGAUAAUCUGGUUCAGGAAGGCCGUCGGUUCAUCCGUCAAGGCUGUUUACAAAAGUACAGCCUCAAGGGAUACCAGCAGCGGAUGUUUUUUUUAUUUUCCGAUAUUUUACUCUAUACAUUCCGUACUCAACAACCUAUCCAGUGCUUCCGUGUUCAGGGGCAGAUGCCACUAAAGGGGAUGAUCCUAAAAGAUGGGGAAGGGGGGGAGGACAACAAAAUUGGCUCGGAUCAUGUUUUUGUUAUUGAGCAAGGCAAUCAGUCGCUUACUGCUGCUGCUAAUAAUGAGGAAGAUAAAGAGCGGUGGAUUGAGGAUAUUAAUAUGGCGAUUGCUCAGGCUGAUACUGUUGAUGGAAAGACUCCUUAUCUCAGUCUUAAGUCAUCAACAGCGCUAGGAUCUACCGAUGAAGUAGGAUUUGAAUUAGACCGUUCAAGCUGUGGAGGUGCCAAAGCUUCUCAGCGUAGUAAUACAACCGUCCAUGUAUGCUGGCACCGUAACACCAGUAUCAGUUACAGCGACCAGUUACGCGCCUUCCAGAAUCAACUAAGUGGAUUUUUGCUCCGAAAAUUCAAAAACAGCAACGGAUGGCAAAAACUCUGGGUUGUCUUUACAAACUUUUGCUUGUUUUUUUACAAAUCCCACCAAGAUGACUUUCCACUGGCGAGUCUGCCACUGCUGGGUUACACCGUCUCGACACCGUCGGAUAAAGAUGGCAUUAAUAAAGAUUAUGUAUUUAAAUUACAAUUUAAAAAUCAUGUUUACUUCUUCCGUGCUGAAAGUGACUUUACAUUUGGAAGAUGGAUGGAAGUAAUUAGAAGCGCAACUUAA